GUAUUCCAUGAAUCCUUCCAUCUUUCAAAAAUCUUUUCAAUGCUUUUUCUUACAGGCCUCAAAAUGUUUGCUGCGUCUGAAUCUCCCUCCAGACCAAUCGAAACUUUUGUCUUUAUGGACCUGGAAGCAACAGGCUUACCCCCCUCACGACCUAAAAUUGCUGAAAUGUGUUUGUUUGCUGUAAGUAGACAUGCUUUGGAGAACCUUCAGUACCGCAAUUCUCAUCCUAAACCUAUUCCUCUCUUCCCUCGGGUAGUAGAUAAGCUCUGUGUCUGUAUUAAUCCAGAUAAGCCAUUCACCCCAAUGGCAAGUUCCAUAACAGGAUUGACUAAUGAAAUGUUUUCAUGGAACAAAAAACAAAGGUUUAACUUAGACAUUUUGCACAUGAUGACAACUUUUUUCAGCCGCCAGCACCCACCAAUCUGUUUGGUAGCCCACAAUGGCUGCAGCUAUGAUUUUCCCUUGCUGAAAGCUGAACUGUCUGCACUGGGUCUUUCGGGCCUUGAUGGGAUCUAUUGUGCGGACACUUUAAAAGCCAUGAAAGCCCUGGACAAAGAGGACAUCCAGCUUCACCAGUUUAUAUAUGAAGCUAGGCAGUGUGGCAAGAAGAUGAAAUACGGACUUCAAGACUUGUAUUUCAGAUUCUACAAAGCAUACCCUCUGAACAGUCACAGUGCAGAAGGAGAUGUCAUCACACUAAUCAAUAUCUUUCAACAAAGAGCCACAGAUCUUAUGUUGUGGAUGGAUUCAAAUGCAAGGCCUUUUAAUACCACUAGAGCCAUGUAUCAGGACAGUGAGAGACUACCUGACUUUCCCCAAACACAUGAGAAGAUUCAACAAACAUAUCCCAAUUGUUCACAGGUAAGAUCACGGCAACAGGGAACACAACGAUACUCAUUCAGUCAAGCUGAUACUGAACCAGUGGCCAACAAAUGGGAUCCACUCCAUCAUACGAUUUCUGACACCCCUGAUGAAAUCAAGAAACUGUUGCUUCUGUUUCUUGGGUUAAUAAUAAUCACAUGGAUUGCAUUCAGAAAUUCCUGGAAUAUGAGUGUCUUUUGAACUCUGUAAGUCAAAAGUUGCAAGAUCAUAUUUCGUGCUUUGAUUUGAGUUUUCCUUAUGCAAAAUGCCUGGGUCAAAAUGUUUUAGAUUUCAAAUAUUUUUGAAUUUUGGAAUACCUGUAUUUUUAUAUACACACAUAAUGAAAUAAUGUUUAGAGCCAAGUCUAAACAUUAUCUUUCAUAUUUGCUGCUUCUUGGCAGGGAAUUGGACUGGAUGACUCACGAGGUCUCUUCCAACUCUAUGAUUCUAUAUACACCUUAUGCACAUAACCUGAUGGUAAUUUUAUAGGAAUUUUUAAAAAAUAAUUUUCUCCAAAAAUUGUGUACACUGAACCACCAGAAAGCAAAGGUGUAACUACCGUAGCCAGACAUGUGGAUGAUUUUGGGUGUCUGAGUAUUUUGGAUUUUGGAAUGCAACCUGUAAAAUGCUGUUUUCAGCUGAAAAUAGAAAACACACCAGAACUGACUUUCAGUUUCUCAAGUUGCUACUGACAUGAAAAAAAAUCUGAAUUGUACACAUCGCUACUAAUUAAUUUGGUUCUUCUUAGUGCUAUUGUGAUUAUUAUUUUAAGUUGUUGACUUUUGUUCUCAUUCUUAUACAACACUCCACGAACAAAUUUAAAAAGGUAGAGUUUAGGGCAGUAAAACAAAAACUUGUAAGAGAGGUAGGGUUCAAAGUAAACUGGGACUUAUGUGUUACUUCUCUAAAGCCAAACCCUUAUGACACCAAAGAGAGUCUACUUCUCUCACUCUGUAGUGUUCAGUGCUACCAGCAUUUUGGGCUACAGUUGCAUUAACAGUAUCGUUGAUAUUUUCCUGCAGCAUUACUUGAAACACUGUCAGGAUGUGGCAUGUACACCAGGGCUGUGGCUACAGUUGUGGUCACAAUAGCAGUAAAACAUGAAAAACCAAGCAAAGUAGGCAAUUCUGAUCUAAAAGAAAGUUAUUAUCUAUCUUUUCAUUUUCUUUCAACAUCAUUUUGAUGUACCUGACCAAAAGUUGCAAAAUAAUAGUUUCUUAUUAUGUCCAUUUUGGUUGUUCACAUAUUAUAAAAGUAGAAAGCUAGCUUCGGGAAAGGUGCCUUAUGAUUGCUCCAACCCUUUGGCCAUAAAAUACCAGGUUUUUGUGUGUGUGUGUCAGCCAGACGCUGACAUGCUAACAUAUGCCAUCACUGGAUUAUAUAACCUCUGGUAACUCUUCAGUAUCC